UCUGCAGAGCGAAGUAGGAGAUCUCCAUUCAAACACAUCCAAACUCAAAGGGAUGAAAGUCAGUUCUGCGUCUUAAAGCCUCUGAACGCCGCCUCGAAUCUUAAGUAAAGACAAAUAAUUGUUAACAGCCUGUUGCAUUUUACAGACAAUAAAGCGAAAGGUUUAGGUAAUUAAUUCUGGCCCUCGAUACUCACAAGUGGUUGCUAGCAAGCUAUCCCAACAGACUGCAAACAUGGCGAGUGCCUCAUACCAUAUCUCUAAUCUCUUGGAAAAAAUGACAUCUAGCGACAAGGAUUUCAGAUUCAUGGCAACCAAUGAUCUGAUGUCAGAGCUGCAGAAGGACUCCAUCAAACUGGAUGAUGACAGUGAGCGGAAGGUAGUGAAGAUGAUCCUCAAACUUCUGGAGGACAAGAAUGGAGAAGUGCAGAACUUGGCUGUCAAAUGUUUGGGACCACUUGUAAGCAAAGUGAAGGAGUACCAAGUUGAAACAAUUGUUGAUACACUGUGCACCAACAUGCUCUCUGACAAAGAGCAGCUGCGAGACAUUUCCAGUAUUGGCCUCAAGACAGUGAUUGGAGAGCUCCCUCCAGCGUCCAGUGGUUCCGCCCUUGCUGCCAGUGUAUGCAAAAAGAUCACAGGUCGUCUCACAAGUGCCAUUGCUAAACAGGAAGACGUCUCUGUGCAGCUCGAGGCUUUGGAUAUUAUGGCAGACAUGCUGUGCAGACAAGGAGGCCUGUUAGUCAACUUCCAUCCCUCCAUUCUGAGCUGCCUACUGCCCCAGCUGACCAGCCCCCGCCUUGCCGUGAGGAAGAGGACCAUCAUUGCCCUGGGUCACUUGGUUAUGAGCUGUGGAAACUUGGUCUUUGUGGACCUCAUUGAGCACUUACUGUCUGAGCUCUCUCGCAAUGACUCCAUGUCUACAACACGCACUUACAUUCAAUGCAUUGCAGCUAUCAGCCGGCAGGCGGGCCAUAGAAUCGGCGAAUACUUAGAGAAGAUCAUUCCGCUAGUGGUUAAAUUCUGCAACAUUGAUGACGAUGAAUUGAGGGAGUACUGCAUCCAGGCCUUCGAAUCAUUUGUCAGGAGGUGUCCAAAGGAAGUUUACCCCCACGUUCCGACAGUCAUAAGCAUUUGUCUCAAGUACUUGACUUAUGAUCCUAAUUACAACUACGAUGAUGAGGAUGAAGACGAGAAUGCUAUGGACGCUGAUGGUGCAGACGAAGACUACCAAGGAAGUGAUGACGAGUACAGUGAUGAUGAUGACAUGAGUUGGAAGGUGCGACGGGCAGCAGCGAAGUGCUUGGAUGCGGUAGUGAGCACGAGGCAUGAGAUGUUGCCCGAGUUCUACCGCACUGUAUCACCGGCACUUAUCGCUCGCUUUAAAGAGCGAGAGGAAAAUGUGAAGGCGGAUGUGUUCCAUGCCUACUUGUCCUUGCUCAAGCAGACACGCCCGGCCCAGAGCUGGCUGUGUGACCCGGAUGCUAUGGAACAGGGAGAGACUCCACUCACCAUGCUUCAGAGCCAGGUGCCCAUGAUUGUGAAAGCUUUACACAAGCAGAUGAAAGAAAAGAGUGUGAAAACCCGUCAGUGCUGCUUCAACAUGCUGACAGAGCUGGUGAAUGUCCUGCCUGGGGCUCUUACUCAGCAUAUUCCAGUACUAGUCCCAGGAAUAAUCUUCUCCCUCAAUGAUAAAUCAAGCUCCUCCAAUCUGAAGAUAGAUGCCCUGUCCUGCCUCUAUGUGAUCCUGUGCAACCAUCAACCUCAAGUCUUCCAUCCCCAUGUUCAGGCCUUGGUGCCCCCUGUUGUGGCCUGCGUGGGUGACCCCUUUUACAAGAUCACCUCUGAGGCCCUACUUGUCACCCAGCAACUUGUGCGGGUCAUCCGGCCACUUGAGCAGACUGACGCCUUUGAUGCAUCGCCCUACAUUGCUGACCUCUUUGCCUGCACCAUCAAGAGGCUGAAGGCUGCCGAUAUUGACCAAGAGGUCAAGGAGCGUGCUAUCUCAUGUAUGGGACAGAUCAUCUGCAAUCUUGGGGACAGCUUGGGUGCUGACCUUCCAGGGACACUGUAUAUAUUCUUAGAGCGUCUCAAGAAUGAGAUCACAAGACUGACAACUGUCAAGGCACUGACUCUCAUUGCCGGCUCACCCCUGAAGAUCGACCUGCGACCCAUCCUGGGUGAGGCCGUGCCCAUUCUGGCCUCCUUCCUACGCAAAAACCAGCGUGCUCUGAAGCUGAGCACCCUGGCUGCCUUGGACAUCUUGGUAAAGAACUACAGUGACAGUGUAACCCCAGCUAUGAUAGACGCUGUGCUGGCAGAACUUCCGCCCCUCAUCAGCGAGAGCGACAUGCAUGUCUCACAGAUGGCCAUCAGCUUCUUGACCACCCUGGCCAAGGUUCACCCUGACUCUCUGUCCAAGAUCAGUGGCUCCAUAUUGGCUGAGCUCAUUGCCUUGGUGCGCUCACCACUGCUGCAAGGUGGUGCCCUCAGCGCAAUGCUGGAGUUUUUCCAGGCGCUGGUAGGCACAGGCACAGCCAGUCUGGGGUACAUGGACCUUCUGCGUAUGCUAACAGGCCCUGUGUAUUCUCAGAGUGCUGCACUUACACACAAGCAGUCCUACUACUCGAUUGCCAAGUGCGUGGCCGCUCUCACCCGUGCUUGUCCCAGAGAGGGUCCAGCAGUAGUUGGUCAAUUCAUCCAGGAUGUGAAGAACUCCCGCUCCACUGACUCAAUUCGUCUGCUGGCCCUGCUUUCGCUAGGUGAGGUUGGUCAUCACGUAGACCUUAGCAGCCAGCCCGAGCUUAAAACGGUCAUCUUGGAUGCUUUCUCUUCGGCCAGUGAAGAGGUGAAGUCAGCUGCCUCGUAUGCACUUGGAAGCAUCAGUGUGGGAAACCUGCCGGAGUACCUGCCAUUUGUUUUACAGGAGAUUUCUGGACAGCCCAAGAGGCAGUACUUGCUGCUGCACUCUCUGAAGGAGAUCAUCAGCUCGGCUUCUGUGGCUGGUCUCAAACCCUAUGUGGAGAGCGUGUGGGCACUGCUUUUGAAACACUGCGAGUGCACAGAGGAAGGCACCAGGAAUGUGGUAGCAGAGUGUCUUGGCAAGCUAACACUUAUAGAUCCAGAAACACUGCUGCCUCGUUUGAAGGGCUAUUUACUGUCAGGGUCAUCUUACGCCAGAAGCUCAGUAGUUACUGCUGUUAAAUUCACCAUUUCAGACCACCCACAGACAAUUGAUCCUCUUCUUAAGAACUGCAUAGGUGAUUUCUUGAAGACGCUGGAAGAUCCAGACCUCAAUGUUCGAAGAGUGGCCCUGGUAACGUUUAACUCUGCUGCCCACAACAAGCCUUCCCUCAUUCGUGACCUCUUGGACACUGUUCUCCCUCAUCUCUAUAAUGAGACCAAAGUGCGCAAGGAACUUAUCAGAGAGGUGGAAAUGGGCCCAUUUAAACACACAGUGGAUGAUGGUCUAGACAUCCGAAAGGCUGCAUUUGAGUGCAUGUACACUCUGCUGGACAGCUGCCUAGAUAGACUUGACAUCUUUGAAUUCCUCAACCAUGUUGAGGAUGGCCUGAAGGACCAUUAUGACAUUAAGAUGCUGACAUUCCUUAUGCUGGCCAGGCUGUCUACUUUGUGCCCUAGUGCAGUUCUUCAGAGGCUGGAUAGACUUGUGGAGCCUCUUAGAGCUACAUGUACUACAAAGGUAAAGGCUAAUUCAGUGAAACAGGAGUUUGAGAAACAAGAUGAGCUAAAAAGAUCGGCCAUGCGGGCAGUGGUGGCCCUGCUUACCAUCCCAGAGGCAGAGAAGAGUCCUCUGAUGAGUGAGUUCCAGUCCCAGAUAAGCUCCAAUCCUGAGCUGGCGGCCAUCUUUGACAGCAUCCAGAGGGACUCCUCAUCUGCUAACAUGGAGUCCAUGGACACCAGUUAAACCCAAAAAUUCUGUCCAUCAUCGUCACUUUCAAGAAACGCCGCAAGAAAAACCCCAGGGGACCCUUUUAUCGUUCCAUGCAUUGCACUGAAUCAACAGUAAUAGGAGGAGAACAAAAAAGAUAAAAUAAAGAAAAACAUAAUAAUUAAAAAAAAAACCCUUACAAAAAGAAAGAAGUACUUUCUCUUCAGCUUCAAAGUUUAUCACUGCGUUCCUCCUGUUUUUUUUCCCCUAAAAAGAACAAGAAAUUACUUUGAUUGUUCAUCAUUCCAUUUCCUGUCCCUCUAUUCUUUUUUUGGUUUUGUGUUCCUUCAUUCCAGAGAAUUCACAGGUACCUCUACACAGAGAUUUGGGUGCUGUGGAAUAACUGAUUUGGCGGCACUAGCUGAACAGACAGUAUGGAAAUGAACUGUGUAAGCAUUAGGUUACCAAUGGGAGCAUUGUUAUUACAUUCUGGGCUGAAGACUCACACAGGAUCUACAUGGGUAAACAAAAUAGAAUGCCGAGUUUGAUGUUUUAAGGACCAUCUUGAUGUUUUUGUUACCAUUUAUUUCCAUUUAUUUCCUACCAAACCAGAGUUAGUGAGCGUUGUAUCCUCUCUUUUUUUUUAUUAUUGCUUUUUCAUUGUUCCUUUUUUGUGUUAACUGUUGGUCUUGGGACGUUUCUCAGAGACAUUUUUGGUGUUAGAUAUAGUAAAGAGGCAGGUUAUAUUUGAAGGAUGAUGCGUUGGCUAGGCAAGUAGUAUUACUUUUUUUUUUUUUUUUUCGCUCCCCCCAUAACAUUCUCACAAUCUGCUGAAUUACAUGGUUUUCAUCAGCUUGUGGUAUACAAUAUUCAUUUUGUUUCUGCUUGACAGUUCUGUUUGCUCAAGCGUUUAAAAUGAAAUAUGAAAACAACAUUGUUAUGAGAAAUAACUGCUCUGUAUGGACAUGAGUUCUGCACAUAUGUGAAUAAAAAUAGAGUUGAGAAUAUUCUCUGUUCAAACACAGGGUUAUAUUGAGAUAGUCUUUCCAUAACUUUUACCAGAGAAAUGUUUUCAUUUUGCAGUUGCUGGUUUGGUUUGGUGUGUUUGUACUGAACUGUUUCAAUGACUGAUCUGUCCAAUUGGAUUAGCAGAGCCUCUUUCUUAUUGCCUACUUUAUUUUUACAUUCCAUCUGACACUCUAAUAGAACAUAUCCCACUUAAAUAUCGUCACCUCAGGUUAGAACCUGACACAUUGCUACACAUUCUUCACUUUAUGGGAUGUCUUGAAUUUGAAAAAAAAAAAGAAAAAGACACUUUCUUAGCCCUAUUGGCCCAGUCAUUCCUCAUGAAACUUUUGAUGAGACCAUGCAGAUGGGGUAUACAGUUGAGUGUGGCUUGAUUGUGGUGUCCAGAAUGCCGUGGUGUAUAUGAUACACUGGCAAGGUUUAUUUGUAUAGCUGUGUGCGCUCAGAGUUCCACACCCUUGGAAGUGUGUGAUGGUAUGAAAACAAAUCCAUCAGUGAGAAAUGCCCAAUAAAGAGGUUCAUUUCUGCCUACUGUCAAA